ACUGAAUGACAUUGAUAUCAAGAGGAAGAGUCCCAAGUACGAAAGUUGGAGGGGAAUUUCACCGCAAGGAGAGCAGUUUUUCCUCUCCGUCCGUCAUAUUACGUAGUGCCUCUGUGGGCAACGUGAAGUAGUUCUGGUUCUGGUGGUGGUGGUUAGGUGAAGUUGAGGUUUCCAUAAGCAUUCUGGAUUGAAACCUGGGAGGAUUAUUUAAAGAAUCGUUCAUAUCAAGAUAACUUCAUUCGUUAGUCUAGACAGCUUGAUGUAUAGGCCGACACAGUUGCAAAUAGACUUCAAAUAGACUUAAUGUAUAACUUCAGACGGAACUGCACAGUUUCAAUAGUUUUUCUGCAUCAUCUGUUUUGUGGGACUUUGAGCCUAUUUUAAGAUUGAGGUUUAUAGUUGGCAUCCAUUCUUGGUGGAGAUAGUGCACAUCAAUCAUGAAAGAAGUCAUGAAGGAAUUAACCACAAAGAUCGGGGAGCGGAAAAGGCUCGGUCUGAUUCUACAGGAGAGUACUAAUAAGGCAUUGGUAUACCAAGAUGGCAUCCUUACAUCCGGGACGCUGGAAGCUUUCGUACAGCAUCUCGUUCCCACAGCAACAUACUACCCAGAUAGGACAUACCUGUUUGCAUUCCUGCUCACAUCAAGGUUACAUAUCAAACCGCACCAGCUUCUCAAUGAUGUCUGCCAGGUGUGCAUCAGACAACAGAGGCUAACUUCGAAGGACGUCGACAGAGAGGCCAUCAGGAAGUUCGGUCCGAAUCUCAUGCAAUUACUCAGUGAGUGGACUGAGACGUUUCCAUACGACUUCAGGGACGAGAGGAUGAUGAGACACCUCAAAGACAUCACCCAGAAGUGCAUCGCCAUCGACCCCACCCUCAGGAAAAGUGCCGGACAACUCAUGCAGGGCUUAAUAAGAAGGCUUGCCACGUUAGAGAAAUACGAGGAUGUCUUAGCGAGGGUCAACACUGCAGCGUCAGAGAGGAUGCACGCCCUUCGAGCAAACCCGGCUUCUUUCCAGAUGAACAUCAUGGAUGUCUGCCCGCAUCCACAUGUCCUAGCUCAACAGCUUACCCACAUAGAACUGGAGAGAUUGACGAAUAUUGGGCCAGAGGAGUUUGUGCAAUCUUUCAUCAAACAAACUGAUUCUGAUACUCAAACGGUAAAGUUCCAGGACCUGAAGAGGACCAAGAACCUAGAGGCUUACGUGGAAUGGUUCAAUCGUCUGAGUUUCUUGGUAGCGACAGAGGUCUGCAUGCACAUAAAGAAGAAGCAUAGAGCUCGCCUCAUUGAGUACUUCACUGAUGUCGCUCGGGAGUGCUUCAAUAUCGGCAACUUCAAUUCUCUUAUGGCAAUUAUGUCUGGUCUUAACAUGAGUCCUGUUGCAAGGUUAAAGAAAACAUGGAACAAGAUCAACACAGACAAAUUUGACUGCUUAGAGCACCAAAUGGACCCCACAUCCAACUUCUCGACGUACAGACAAUCAUUGACAGCCGCCAUGCAGAGAGCAUUGAGUGCUCAGGACGGCGCCUGUGAUAAGAUAGUCAUCCCAUUCUUUAGUUUACUCGUCAAGGAUCUUUACUUCCUCAAUGAAGGCUGUAACAAUAAGAUGCCUAACGGAUACCUCAACUUUCAGAAAUUCUGGCAGCUUGCGAAGCAGGUGACAAACUUCAUAACGUGGAAGUCUGUAGAGUGUCCGUACCCUAGGGAUCGACAAGCCCUUAAUUAUCUUCUCACCGCACCUGUAUUCUCUGAAAAUUCUCUCAAUCUUGCCUCGUAUGAAAGCGAAAGUCCAGAAACGGAUUUUGAGAAGUCCCAAUACAAGACCCUCAAGUUGCAAUGCACGUCAACGACAUCGUCAAAGUCAUCAUAGGCAUGGUUGCCAUGACAAUGGCUGAUGCUAUCACAUCUCACGAGAGCGAACUCUUGAACUGAAAUCAUUCAUACAAAGAAACAGACAAAGCUACUGGUGGGUUGAUGGUAUCAGCAUGAACUAUGGGUUUACCCAAGAGACUCCAAUUCAUCCAUAUAGAAGAUGGAUAGAGAGCAAAUUUUGUUUGCCAGCAUCUAAAAUGUGUAGGAAUACCGAAGCACGAUCGGAAACACCAAUCGCCAGUGUGAUGAGAUCUGGAUGACCCGAGAUGCACCGCGACGGAGCAAAGAGUACUUAUUAUGACAGAAACCUGAUAAAAUCAGAAGCUUGAAAGAAAAGACUGAUGAAUGUAGAGAUUGAAACCCUUAUGUGGAGGGGGAGAAUGGCACACAUAAGAUGAUGUGUAGUUGAACAAAAAAUUGUCUCUAUGAAUGCCUGAUGCGAUCCUGAUCGAGAUGAGAUACACAAAGACUUGUAACUUCUUGAGGAUGCGGGCGGUGAUUAACUUCGCGGAUCUAGUGUCGUCUGAUGAUGGAAGCAAAGAGUUCUUCAGGAAGUAGGAAGAUCUGAUGCAAUCAUGAUAUUAACCUCCAGGAGAGGAAAACUGCCUUUUAGCAUCGGACAUGAAAUAGAUUUCCUCUUCUCUCUGAAAGAACUCUAAAAUCCGUACAAAAGCAUUACCAUAUUCAUCAUCACCAUGAAUUAUUUAUGAGCUGGAUUUGUCUUCUUUUAAACACCCUGUUGUGAAUGGUCUGUUUGCAAAUGCAAGCACUGGGAGUAUUUCAUGAAAACAAUAAUGUUGAAUGUUGUUACAAGCUACUGUAAAUCAUUGCAUCUGAUUGGCUGAGAGUUUAUUAGUCAUUGAAAUAUCACUGACAAACCAUUGCAUGUAAGGCUCCCCUGAACACUCAAACAAGAAAUGGUAUUUCUACCUCUGUUUGGACAGGGUUUGUAAUUUCUAUUUAAAAAAAUUCUUCUCAACAACAACUUCAACAUUAGCUAAUCCUACACUGUAUUGGUGCUUAUACAAAGUAGUAAAAAAGCCUGACAAAAUGAAAGUCACGUCUUGACUAUUCAAAUAGUUCAAUAUAUUAAUCAAAAGAAAUUUAUAUCACUGAUCACUUCUUUUUUAUUAGGCUUAUCUAAAGUUUUACUUUGGCUGUGAAUGUGAAGUAACAUUUCCAUCAUGUUCUUGGGAGCAAGUUUUCUUGUGUAUUUUUAUAUUCCAAAUAAUAUUCUUCUUUGAAUAUUACCAGAAGAAAAUCAGUUCUAAUUGGUUUUUUGGAAGCAACCUUAUUUUGAUGGUUUGAAGAACUUAGGUUUUUAACAUAAGUUAAUUUUGUUCUUGCCCAAGUUGUAAUUUUGCUAGUACUUUUUUCUUUCACUCUUUCCCCCACUUGAUAUUUUUUUUUAGUUUUGUAUUAUUAGACCAGUUGAUAGUCUAUGCCACUUUUAUGUUUUCUAGCAACCUUUAUUUAAGAAUUGUUCUUUUCUGAAAUUUGUGGUUUGAUAUUUCAGUUAGUUUAUGCAGGGUAUUCUUGUUCAUUGUCUGUAGGGUUUGUCUAGUACCCAGUCCCUAUUGAUUCAAUGUGACCAAAUUUUAUAAGUGUAAUAUCUGUUUACUUUCAUAUUGAAUAGGCUGAAUAUUAUUUUUCCUCGGUACUAUGUCACAUAUUUUGUAUAUCCGUAGGUCAGUCAUUCAUAUUUAAUUAUGGAAUUUGGGUAUUUUGUUUAAAGGAAUAACUGUGUUGAAAAUGCCUUUCAAGAACAAGCAAAUAUAUAUGUAAGAAUAACUGCAGGUCCUCUUUUGCAAGUUUUAAUACUGAGCAAUUGUAUACUAUAAUCCAUAUUUAACACUCCUGCUCUCUGUAAGAAGUAAAUGAAGACAACUUUAAAUGGUAAAGUAUGAAUAUUAUUUUCUGUUUAAAGGUAGUGGGACAUGGUAGUAAUUGACUUUGGCUAGAAUCGCAGAUAGAAAUGCAAGCACAAAACAGUCAUUUUGGGAACGCAAUCAAAGAUGCAGAUUUCCAGUUUUUAAGCCCACCCACCACAUAUUGUUUGACCCGAAAGUAAAGGUCAAACUUUGGAGUGAAAUAGUAUAUAAUUCAAAUAGUUCUGCAGAUAAUUUUUUUCAAAACAUCUUUUUCCAUUAUUCUGAUAAACAUAUUUUUUAGAACAAAAAUUAAAAAUUUAAUUGAACUAAACAUCUUUGAGAACUGUAUUUCUAUUAUGGAAAGUGUUAAUUGAACGCAGCCCUUAACCUGUAAACAAGGCUAGAUUAGCACUGGAGUUGAAAACCAGUUGGGCUUGGCACAAAGUUAGUUUUUUACAGAGGCACUUGGUUCAUUUGUUUGAAACUAGUCUGGUUUUAAACUAGCAUUUCUAAUCUUAUCCGCAGGCUUCAGCAUGUCACAUUAUCUUCUGGAGAAUGAUUGAUAGAAUGUCUUGCCUUUCAGUAGUUCACUAGUAUUUUUGUUGGUGCCAAAGUAGCUAUAAUAUUGUAGUACAGUAACUUUUUGUGAGAGUCAUGGAAAAUUAGGUGCUAACAUGAUUGCAUCAAUAUCAUGUACAUGGAAGUGUGGCUUAAGCAAGAGAGAGUAGACUAUUUAUUUUGAUACAUGUAGAAAUAUAACUAGUCUUCUUUCAAGACUUGUAUUUAUUUAGGUCUAGUGAUCAUGGCUUGCUAAUUAGAAGUGAAUGGGAGGACCUGAAAUCCAUAAAUUUUGAUGGCUUGAGUAGAGAAUAAUCCCCAGUUUAGUCCCAAAUUUCAGUUUUAAUGUUAUUUCAUAGUAAUUAUAUAUGAAUUAAUUCAUGAUUUGGAGGAUAACAUUACGGUGUAUUUAUACUGCCCAAUUUUCUAUUUAUAUUGACAGAUUUAUAUGAAGACGACAAAUCAUUUCCAACCCUUCAAACGUUUUUAUAAUUUUCAUUACCACAAAUCUCUCUUCCAUUUUUAAAGUACUUAGCUCUAGGUAAUUAUCAGACACCAAUUUUUGUGCCCAAUAUUUAGGCGAAUAAUUUUCCUAACCUAAUCCUGUAUUCUCCUUGAAAGCAUUUUUGCUGAUUUGUAAAAAAAAGUCAAAAUUAUCAGUGCAGUUAUUUGAAUUUUUAGACAAACUGCCAUCUAAAUUUUAUAGUAUUAUUCACCUUAAAUAUUUAUAUUUAAGUUUAAAUGUCUACAAAGCCUAAAAUGAUUAUGUGAUGUUCUUCAAAUUUAUAUAUCGUGAUUGAAAUCUUUUUAACUUUAUAAAUAAUUUCAAAAUGCUUUUUGUACAGUGUGGAAUGUACAUAAUGCGUAUGUACUUUUUAUUAUGUCCAGUGUAUUCUGUUUUAUGUACAGAAAUGUAUUCUAUGGGGAAAACAUAUACAUUGGAUGUGUAUUAUUAUCGCAUGUCUAUUUGAUGAAAAAAAUAGAAUACUGUGUACAUAUGAAAAUUCUAUGUCAAUCAAUCUAUAUUAAUGUCAUAUGUGAACUAUAUGAUUGGACAUGUAAAUAAGAAAUAAACACAUCAAACGAAUAAUGCUA